AUGACAGUUAAUGAUACUGCAGUUAACCAAUCCGAGCUUGAUUUAUUAAGACAGUGCAACACUGAGCUUGAGGCUGAGCUUGAGAUAGAUCGUAAAAAAAUUGACAAGCUUAAGAAGACAAUUGGUGGCCUAUCCUCUGAGAAUUUUGAUCUUAAACGUGAGGUAGCGAAACUCAGGAAGGAAUAUGGGAUCAGAAUUAAGAAGCAAGAGCGAAAAAAUGCAGAACUUGAGGAUAGACUUGCAAAAGUGGAACAGGGCUCUUCGGUGAAGGAUGGGCAGGAUUCUCUGGUAGUGGAUGAACAGUCACAGAAGUUAGAGGAAUCAGUUGUUGAUGUGUCACCCUCAGGAUUCUCAGCACCCAUUAACGCAGAUACCAAGGCAACCAAGGAUGAAGAAAUGGAUGCUUGCUCCGCUUUCAUGCUUGAGCAAUAUAAGAAGAGCAUUGGUGAAAAAAUAAGGCAGAGAAAUAGGGAGAAGAAACUUGCCCUUCAGGGCAGACUUGUUAACAGGUUUUCCAAAAAUUCGUAUGAAGAAGAAGCCGUUACCAAUACUUCACCUACCUUCUGCCCGGAGGUAGAGAUAAAGGUACUAUUCUCACCAGACAGUCGACUUCAAGCUAUAAAGUUUACUCCUCCUAGAACCUUAAUUCCCAGAUCAAUAAGCAUCAAAAAACUUGCCAAUUCAUUCUGCCAAGUGAAUGUUGCAAGGGGUAAAACGAUCAUAGCAAAGCGAGCAGAAAUUACAGCCUGGUAUUUAUUCUCCAAAAGGUUCGAAGAAAAAGUCGUGGAGCUUAGGUCUAAUAAUAAGAAGCUUACAGAUCAGACUGCAAGAAAGCAGAUCUAUGAUGAUAUGAAGUCAUAUUUCACAGGCAUUUCAGAUAGAUAUUUAUGUGUAAUGACCUGCAAAGCGAGAAAAAUCAAUAAGUUAUUUGGAUUAAAGAAUUGCCCUCUGACAACAAGAUGUCAUUCACUCUCUAAUAUGAUGUUACAUAAUAAACGGAAUGCUAUAACUUUAAACGAAGAACUCAUGUGCUCCGGAGAAGCUGAAAUUGACUUUAGUCUCGAUGAUGAAAUAGUUGACCACAAACCUGGUGAUAUUAAGGUAUUCGAUGACAUUGACUUUAGUUUCGACUAA